AUGUGUUUCUUCUGUUUACGCGAAUCUCACUUGAUUCACUGCCCGGCAAAUCUUCGUAACCUCAGGGCGCAAAGAUCAAGAUUUCGGCCAGAGUUGAACACGGACUCGGUGGAAACACUUGUUGAAAUGUUUCAGGCCGAAGAGAAGCUUCAGAGCAGGCAUACCCCAAUCAUUGUAUCGUCUUCCUUGAGUGGUCUAGGCCCCUCCAUAGUGGCAUUCUAA